AUGUCAAUAGCAUUCUAUGUCACAACGGGAAAAUAAACAAACAGCUGCUCUAUGUAGAAACGAGCAAUUAUAUUUUGAAGAUUUCAUUUUUAAUACUGUUUUGUUUUGUCAAAUCCGGCAACCUAGCUAAAGCGGCAUUUGUAAAGGUCAAAAGAAUGUAUAGUUUAAUAAAACUUAAACAAGCAACAUUGCCUUUGUUAAGAAGGACAAUGUCUUCCCAAGAACCUGAUGUUUUAUUUGAAGCAUUAAACAAUGCUGGCAUAGUAACCCUCAAUCGACCCAAAGCAUUAAAUUCCCUCAACACAUCUAUGGUGUCAAAAUUAUUACCACAACUUCAAGAAUGGGAGAAAUCAAAGUCUCUGGUUAUAAUUAAGGGUGCUGGAGAGAAAGCUUUCUGUGCUGGUGGUGAUGUGAAAGCUGCCAUAGACAAAAUGGAAGGGCCUAGGUUCUUCCAUACGGAAUACAAUGUUAAUUACUUGAUUGGAAACUAUAAAAUCCCAUAUAUUGCAUUUAUAAAUGGAAUCACAAUGGGAGGAGGUCUUGGACUCUCAGUCCAUGGCAGAUACAGAGUAGCAACAGAGAAGACAUUAAUAGCCAUGCCAGAGACUAAGAUAGGACUAUUCCCAGAUGUUGGUGGAUCAUUCUUUUUACCUCGUUUACAAGUUAAUUUGGGAUUGUACUUAGGGUUGACCGGUGACAGAUUGAAAGGUAAAGACGUUGUGAAAGCUGGAAUAGCUACACACUUUGUACCAAGCAAACGUCUGUAUGAACUCGAAAUGCUCCUUUCUCGGUGCGCUAAUGAUAUAGAAGUUAAUUCACUACUCAAUAAAUUCCACGAACCCUCGGAGGACUUCUCACUUGCAUCAAAUAUCAAGCAUAUAAACUACUGUUUUGCGGCUUCGACUGUUGAAGAGAUCAUUGAGCGACUGGAGAAAGUUCAAAAUGAAUGGUCCGUUAAGACUUUAGAGACUCUUCAUCAAAUGUGUCCUGGCUCUCUCAAGAUUACACUGCGAGCCCUCCAACGAGGCGCUCAGCUGGACCUGGGCCAGUGUCUACAGAUGGAGUACAGACUGGCCUGCCGAGCCACUGAGAACCAUGAUUUCCCUGAAGGUGUGAGAGCUCUGCUCAUCGACAAGGACAACAAGCCCCAGUGGAACCCCAAGUCUCUGGCCGAAGCUGAUGAUGAAUAUGUCGAGAGUUAUUUCAAGAGGCUGCCCGAAGACAAAGAACUCAAAUUCUUCGACUCCAAACUCUAAUCCUUUCCAUUUAUGUACGCGGUGCAGCCAAUCCUAGUUCACACAGUGUUUCGUCUCUUUCGUUCGCAUCUCAAGUCAUUUUGUUUCAUACAUAGAAAGAGACAAAACACAGUGUAACCUAGCAUAGUUACAUCGGGUCUACUAAUAGUCUGGUAAGAAUAGAUAUUAAAAUGGUAAGCUGUACAAGUUAUUUUUGAAGAUUUUUCAUCGUUUUUUGUGAAUUGAAUUUCAAUCGUUGAAUGUAUAUGAAUAUUAAUAUUUGAAAUAUAUGAAUAUGAAUAUUUGAAGACAUGAGUGGACGAAGGAGAUAUGAUACAAUAUGUUAAUUUGGAGAAAACGGGCAACAAACUUUUGUUACUUGUAUUUUUUCUUCACGCAUGACUUCUUCAUAACCUGCAAUUUCUAAAAAUAGCCUUUAAACCUGGAGUUCUAAGGUCUAAUAGCCACAUAAUAACUUCAUUCAAUGUAAAAAAUCAAAAAUCUUAAAAAUGGUACUUAACCCCUUCAUCCGCUCAUGUCUUCAUUUACAAAUGCAUAUUGAGGUACUUAAAACUUCUGUAGCGUUAGAAGGUUAGGGUUGUUGAACUGUUCUUGUCGUGCGACGCAACCUGGGUCGUGCUCUGGGAACAUCUCGCCAUCUCCCUCGCUCACUCGCAACUAUGACUCCGGUGUGCUCAGUGCGAGUUUUUUAACGUUCUCGAUGCCGUAAAAGUUAACUCAUACCUAUAUGUAUUCGUAGUGUGAGUUUUUUAACGUACUCGAUAACGUAAAAGUUAACUAAAAUUUCGCGGUACUCCAGUUAUUAUUGUUUUAAUACUUUAUUUAUUUGGUAGCUACAUUUUAUUGAGGAACGCAAAAAUAAUAUCGAUGUAUCGAUAACGUUAAAAAUGUAACUUUAACACAAUUAAAUAGGUACAUGCUUGGUUUCAAAACGCACACUGAUAAAGAAAUGCUUUGGUCAAUGCAAAAACAAGUCUCAAAUUGACUAUUAAUAGAUAACGUCUAUUAAAGAGUACUCGUGCUAGGACCUCUUGUGUGACCGCACGGGUAGGUACUACCACCCUGCCUAUUUCAGCAGUGAACUAGUAAUGCGUUUUGGUUCAAAGGGUGGGGUAGCCGUUGUACUUUAAAAACUAAAACAUUACAACUCAUAUCUUAAGGUGGAUUGCGGCAUUUACCUUGUAGAUGUCCACGGGCUCCGGCAACGUUAAUCUAAGAAUCAAAAAAAGUUAUCUUGAUUUCAAUAUUAAUAUUAUAUUGCCAAACUUUGGGACGCAAAAUAUUAUACUGAGCGUACAUCAUUCCACGAGAAAGUAUACGUGAUUCUGGUUUUUGACACAGCGCGUAAUGUAGUGUAAACAAUUUUUUUUCAGCUGACGCACAAGACUAUUAUUCUAGUGUAAUCCGUCCGUGGUUAGGGAAGACAGCGACACUUGCCCCUGCAGAAUCUACCCCCACUACCACCAGUGAAAACCUUGUUAGCCCUGUGUGCUUAGUGCGAGUUUUUUAACGUUCUCGAUAGCGUAAAAGUUAACUCAUAUUUGUAUGGAAUGGGAUCGUUUGCCUAAGUUUGCCGCUAGGGGCGCUGUUCCAACUGCAUACAAAUUUGAGUUAACUUUUACGCUAUCGAGAACGUUAAAAAACUCGCACUAAGCACACUGGAGUAGUUUCUAACCUCCGAUUCAUUGUCCAGGCGAAACAGCGUUUCCAGCUGGCUUCAGCGAUGUUCCUCAUUUACAAUCAUAUUGUCCUCACAAACAUAUUCCUAUAAAAAGCGGUGUUUUAAAUUAUACGUCAAUUUAUAAAUUUCGUUUGUCUGUUGAUCUGUGGACUCAUCUUGGUAUACCAAUAUCUUGUGCGUUUCGGUCAGGUAAACACGUUCUGAAUUUAAAAUCUAUGGGCUCUGGCCCGGUGUAAUUCUAGUUAUAAAAAAAAAAAGAAUUUGUUUGAAAAAAAAAAGACUUAUUCGCAUUUAAUUAUGGUCAUAGACCAUUAGUGCAAUUUAUACAAGAAACAUAUUAUAGCUAUUUACCAUUUCAUGUGCCUUUCAAUUUAUUUAGGCUUUAAUCUAGUUGUAGCUUAUAAAUUGGUGCCACGAAUUGAGAAAACUAUUUUUAAACAUUUGAAUUGUAGUAAUUAAUUAUUACAAAGUGACGUAACAUUCAAUUUUAUGAAAUUUUGUUGUUAAUUGAGGAUAAUUUGUCACAUCCGACUAAAAUUUAUAUAGGCGUUAUUAGUUUCAAUGAAAUAACUGAAGAACAAACUAUGUGAAUUGAAAUUUUGUUAUGAAUUAUGUAAUUACGUUGCUUUGUAAUAUUAAAACUUUAUAAAAAUAAGUAAAUGUGUUUUGUAUUUUUAUAAUGUUUUUCAUAAUAUUAAAUAAUGUGUACUGGUGUAUUUUUGUUUAUUGAUGAAGACAAGUUUAUGAAAUAAAUGUACGAAUUAA